AUGCCAUCAAAGACCGCGCCGAAAGCAGAAAGCGACGAUAGCAGCACCUCGGGCUCCUCGACUUCAAGUGAGGGCGAAAACGACUCCAGUUCAAGCUCAGACGAGGAGAUGCAGGAUGCUGCGCCAAUUACUCAAUCAGCACCGAAGCAGACUGAUGUUGCAGAAUCAGAUGUUGAUGGACGGGCAGGCUCGUCGUCUUCUGGAACGGUGAUAGGAGAGAAAAAGCCAUCACCCGAAGUGGACUCGGACAUACACCCGUCACGUCGCGGUCAGAUGAUGAACGGCACAAGGAAGCACGAGGGCGCAAGGCCGACACCCCUAGCGCAGCAAUCAGCACUGGCUAACGAGAAAGACUUCUUAUCAAACAAAUACGUCUCGUACGAUUAUGCGGACCGGGCAUACAAGGAUCUGUCUGUCACGCGUGGCAAGGGCUUUACAAAAGAAAAGAACAAGAAGAAGCGUGGUAGUUAUCGUGGAGGCAUGAUCGACAUAAGUGGUGGAAAAGGCUUCAAAUUCGAUGACUAG